AUGAAGAAACAGGAGGUGGCUGCAAAGAAAGCGAAAAUAGAGGUGGCAAAGAAGGCGAAGGAGGUCAACGUCGUUGUUACGGAUGCCCAGAAGAGACGCUCGGUUGAUUCCGGAUAUGAUUUGUGCAAUCGUGCUAGCAUCGAGUUCUGUACCACCACCACCACCACCGGACCCACUGUGAAGCCCGCUCCCUUCAAGAAGUCAGGCAUCAGCAACUUCACUUCAAUCUGCGGGAUGAACAACAUGGUCGCCACCAAGAGUAAGAAGCUGGGGAUCAUCAGGAAGGAGUGGCAUUGCUGGUAUCAAGAGAAGAAGCCCGUAACCCUAGAGAUUGUCCAGGAAAAGAGGGUGAAGUUGACUGGGGAGCGAAGGGUUUGGGAUGCCAGAAGGAUGUGGUAG